AUGAGAAUCGGGGUAAAAGGUACAGCUCCUCCCAGAAACCCAGGAGACCUGAAGCUCCACCCCUCAGUUACAGGUACAGCUCCUCCCAGAAACCAAGGAGACCUGAAGCUCCACCCCUCAGUUACAGGUACAGCUCCUCCCAGAAACCCAGGAGACCUGAAGCUCCACCCCUCAGUUACAGGUACAGCUCCUCCCAGAAACCCAGGAGACCUGAAGCUCCACCCCUCAGUUACAGGUACAGCUCCUCCCAGAAACCCAGGAGACCUGAAGCUCCACCCCUCAGUUACAGGUACAGCUCCUCCCAGAAACCCAGGAGACCUGAAGCUCCACCCCGCAGUUACAGGUACAGCUCCUCCCAGAAACCCAGGAGACCUGAAGCUCCACCCCUCAGUUACAGAAGACCUGAAGCUCCACCCCUUAGUUACAGGUACAGCUCCUCCCAGAAACCCAGGAGACCUGAAGCUCCACCCCUCAGUUACAGGUACAGCUCCUCCCAGAAACCCAGGAGACCUGAAGCUCCACCCCUCAGUUACAGGUACAGCUCCUCCCAGAAACCAAGGAGACCUGAAGCUCCACCCCUCAGUUACAGGUACAGCUCCUCCCAGAAACCCAGGAGACCUGAAGCUCCACCCCUCAGUUACAGGUACAGCUCCUCCCAGAAACCCAGGAGACCUGAAGCUCCACCCCUCAGUUACAGGUACAGCUCCUCCCAGAAACCCAGGAGACCUGAAGCUCCACCCCUCAGUUACAGGUACAGCUCCUCCCAGAAACCCAGGAGACCUGAAGCUCCACCCCGCAGUUACAGGUACAGCUCCUCCCAGAAACCCAGGAGACCUGAAGCUCCACCCCUCAGUUACAGAAGACCUGAAGCUCCACCCCUUAGUUACAGGUACAGCUCCUCCCAGAAACCCAGGAGACCUGAAGCUCCACCCCUCAGUUACAGGUACAGCUCCUCCCAGAAACCCAGGAGACCUGAAGCUCCACCCCUCAGUUACAGGUACAGCUCCUCCCAGAAACCCAGGAGACCUGAAGCUCCACCCCUCAGUUACAGGUACAGCUCCUCCCAGAAACCCAGGAGACCUGAAGCUCCACCCCUCAGUUACAGGUACAGCUCCUCCCAGAAACCCAGGAGACCUGAAGCUCCACCCCUCAGUUACAGGUACAGCUCCUCCCAGAAACCCAGGAGACCUGAAGCUCCACCCCUCAGUUACAGGUACAGCUCCUCCCAGAAACCCAGGAGACCUGAAGCUCCACCCCGCAGUUACAGGUACAGCUCCUCCCAGAAACCCAGGAGACCUGAAGCUCCACCCCUCAGUUACAGAAGACCUGAAGCUCCACCCCUCAGUUACAGGUACAGCUCCUCCCAGAAACCCAGGAGACCUGAAGCUCCACCCCUCAGUUACAGAAGACCUGAAGCUCCACCCCUCAGUUACAGGUACAGCUCCUCCCAGAAACCCAGGAGACCUGAAGCUCCACCCCUCAGUUACAGAAGACCUGAAGCUCCACCCCUCAGUUACAGGUACAGCUCCUCCCAGAAACCCAGGAGACCUGAAGCUCCACCCCUCAGUUACAGGUACAGCUCCUCCCAGAAACCCAGGAGACCUGAAGCUCAACCCCUCAGUUACAGGUACAGCUCCUCCCAGAAACCCAGGAGACCUGAAGCUCCACCCCUCAGUUACAGGUACAGCUCCUCCCAGAAACCCAGGAGACCUGAAGCUCCACCCCUCAGUUACAGGUACAGCUCCUCCCAGAAACCCAGGAGACCUGAAGCUCCACCCCUCAGUUACAGGUACAGCUCCUCCCAGAAACCCAGGAGACCUGAAGCUCCACCCCUCAGUUACAGGUACAGCUCCUCCCAGAAACCCAGGAGACCUGAAGCUCCACCCCUCAGUUACAGGUACAGCUCCUCCCAGAAACCCAGGAGACCUGAAGCUCCACCCCUCAGUUACAGGUACAGCUCCUCCCAGAAACCCAGGAGACCUGAAGCUCCACCCCUCAGUUACAGGUACAGCUUCUCCCAGAAACCCAGGAGACCUGAAGCUCCACCCCGCAGUUACAGGUACAGCUCCUCCCAGAAACCCAGGAGACCUGAAGCUCCACCCCUCAGUUACAGGUACAGCUCCUCCCAGAAACCCAGGAGACCUGAAGCUCCACCCCUCAGUUACAGGUACAGCUCCUCCCAGAAACCCAGGAGACCUGAAGCUCCACCCCUCAGUUACAGGUACAGCUCCUCCCAGAAACCCAGGAGACCUGAAGCUCCACCCCUCAGUUACAGGUACAGCUCCUCCCAGAAACCCAGGAGACCUGAAGCUCCACCCCUCAGUUACAGGUACAGCUCCUCCCAGAAACCCAGGAGACCUGAAGCUCCACCCCUCAGUUACAGGUACAGCUCCUCCCAGAAACCCAGGAGACCUGAAGCUCCACCCCUCAGUUACAGGUACAGCUCCUCCCAGAAACCCAGGAGACCUGAAGCUCCACCCCGCAGUUACAGGUACAGCUCCUCCCAGAAACCCAGGAGACCUGAAGCUCCACCCCUCAGUUACAGAAGACCUGAAGCUCCACCCCUCAGUUACAGGUACAGCUCCUCCCAGAAACCCAGGAGACCUGAAGCUCCACCCCUCAGUUACAGAAGACCUGAAGCUCCACCCCUCAGUUACAGGUACAGCUCCUCCCAGAAACCCAGGAGACCUGAAGCUCCACCCCUCAGUUACAGAAGACCUGAAGCUCCACCCCUCAGUUACAGGUACAGCUCCUCCCAGAAACCCAGGAGACCUGAAGCUCCACCCCUCAGUUACAGAAGACCUGAAGCUCCACCCCUCAGUUACAGGUACAGCUCCUCCCAGAAACCCAGGAGACCUGAAGCUCCACCCCUCAGUUACAGGUACAGCUCAUCACCUGUGA